AUGUCUUCUUCAACAAAGAAAAGAAGAAGAGGAAGAAGAAGCACAAGAAAAGGUAAUAUUUUAAAUGAUUCUAAUUCUUCAUCACCAUUACUAUCACCAGCAGCAUCGUUUAUAGGUAGUGAUGUUGAUAUCUUAACGCUGAUUCUUACCCGCAUACCAUCAAAAUCUCUACUUAUGUUCAAAUCUGUAUCGAAACAGUGGUUGUCCUUGAUCAAUGACCCCAAAUUUGUUCACAAACAUUUCAUCCAAAACCCUAAAUUCUCUAUCACAGGAUUGCUCUGGGGCAGUGAUUUUGAUUCGGGCUCGAGAGAGAAACCCAUAUAUGAUUACAUUUUCUUAGAUGGAAAUAUCAAUAGUUAUGUCCCUUUUGAAACCAUAGGUUUUAAAAUAUGGAGAUUAGUCAGAGAAGGUAUUACGAUUGUGCAAUCUUGCAAUGGGUUACUCUUAUGUAGUGAUUGUAAAUCCCGAAAUCGUGAUCGUACGUAUUACAUCUUCAAUCCUUUCACAAACCAGUACAGAGUUUUGCCUCGGUCCCGAAUGAGAAUUUGUGGUUUCCCAUAUCUUAGAAAUGUUAGUUUAGCGUUCGAUCCACUGAAAUCCCCAUACUACAAAGUUAUAUGUUUCUGGAGCAACCGUGAUUCUAAAUAUAGAAUUGAAAUCUACGAUUCCGAAACGUCUUCUUGGAGGUUGUCUGGAUUUGAUUCAUGUAGUCUGCCAGCUAAAGCAUUUCGAUGGACUCAUUGCAUCUUCUGGAAUGGUUCGUUGUACUGGUGCGACUUCCAAGGAUUUAUAUGUUACUUUGAUAUUGAUCAAGGAUUAGAUGGGGCAGUGCCACUUCCAAGUUCUGCACAUACAAAUCAUGAUACUAAGACUUUCGACAUUGCUGAGUUUCGGGGCCAUUUCUAUCUUAUUGAGAAAGAUCAUGGUCGUUUCACUUUCAACAUAUUCGAGUUGGAUUCCGCUAACUGCUGGAACGUGAAAGGUGCGGUCGAUGUGAGGUUAAAUCCAUAUGCUGGGUCUCCUUAUAGUUCUAUUAUAAGAGGUCUUAAUACGGAUUUUAUCAUAUUCAUUACGGAGAGAGAAGAAGAAAAUGAGUCAACAAGGGUUGUGCUGCUAACAAAAGAUAGAAGUGUUGUCACUUAUGAUCUAAAAGGUAUGAGCUUCGAGAAGAUUCAUGACCUAUCAGCAGGACAACAGUUGAAUAUAACUGUCCGGUUUCAUCAAUAUAUCGAGUCCUUAGCUUGUGUUUAG